UAACGUAAAAUAAAUCAUGCUUAAACUUGUUGAAUUUCUACAGAGUUGGAUCUGCAUCGUCUACCUUGUCGUGAUUUAUUCUGCCAUUGGAUCUCCGAAGAUAAAAGGAAAAUUGCAACAGCUAUCCGAGAGUAAUUCGAAGAGAAGACCAAUAUUCAAACAUAAAAAUGUACCAGGUCAUGUCCAUAAGAACAGACACAAAUACGAAGCUAAUAAAAUGGAUGGAUAUAAUCACCAUGAAGCACGCACAUUUACAAAAGUUGCAGUCAUGGUACCUGCUGAGGAGAAAAUUUCCGAACAGUACCUCGUCGAAGUACCAGCACGUCAUCACUCUACCUCAGAAAAAGAAGUUUCCGUGCCUGUCCACCCCGUGGAAGCUCAAAUUCUGGCGGAUAGACGGUACCCAGUUGAAAUUCCGGCACCCGUUGACCACCCAUAUCCUGUAGAAGUUUCCGUCUCUAAACCACAAUCUUACCCUGAUAAAAUACCAGUUCAUGGCCUCCAAUCUUAUUCAUUUCAAUUCGAAGUUCCUGUUGAACAAACCUAUCCACGAAUUGUAGAGAAAGAUGACCCUAUUAUUAAACAUAUCCCAGUCGAAAUACCAGUCCCUGUUGAAGUAAAGGUUCCUGUCCCUGAACCUUAUCCCGUUGAAGUCCCUGUGUAUGUACCAGUACAAGUCAAUGUGCCAUAUCUGGUUUACGUCCCUGUUGAAAUUAUGGUCCCAGUACAGGUGAAACCAUCGGUUUAAGUAAAUGUCCCUCUGGAUCGUCCGUGAACAUGUCCACGAAACUUAUCUUGUUUAUUUUGAGAAUCAAAUAGCAGUUCCAAAACCCUAUCCAAGGGAAAUUAAGUUAAUAAUACGAUAACAUUAAGAAACCACUGCCCACUGAUUGGUUAUGAACAGUUUAAUGUUUCUGAUGUUCCGUUUAAUGUGGAUUAUCUUGAACAAAAUUUAUUAAAAAAAUUAAUACGAUAGUGCAGUGAGGUGACAGCUGGAAUUUUGAAAAUACAUCAUAUGGGCGUCAUUACAAAUUUAUAUCAUUAUAGUGUUAAGUUAAGAGUUCAAUGCAUAUGUGUUACUCUACAUACGAUGUUCUUCAUGCAGUGUUAUUUAUUUAAAUGUACUUAAAAAUGUAAUUUGUUAAACACAGAGUUUAAAGUAAGUAAUUUUAUUGUUUGUGCUGUGGUUCAGAAAUAUCUCUCCAGGACCUGUUGAUGACUUCCAGCCGAGAUACAUCGAAACUUCUAAACUGUUCACAAACUCAUGUUUGGUGAUAACUCCAUUGUAAUAAUACAAUAAAUUGGGAUUUAGUAAUUUCUGAGUGUCGAUAUUCUUUUUGCUUUGGGGCAAAUGGGAACAGAAAGCAAGCCAUUCUUUGGUACCUUCGUCAAAAUGUGAUCGUCAGCUUAGACUGUGGAAAUAUCAACAUUAAAUGCGUGUAAUGAAACUAAAAAUACUGCUGUUAAAAAUGAUACGCGAGGAUGCAACAUGAAAACUUUAAAACACAGAAUGGCUAGAAUAUUUUUUUAAAAUACGUCUUUGUGUUACGUAUGUUUCGAGACUCUCAAGGCAGUAAAAGUCAUGUACGGGGCGGAGGACUGACUUGUUAUUAGACGUUUGGUGGGACACGAGCUAUGGCCUUGAGAUGUGCAGCUCGAACAGUGGGUGGGGUGUAUGCGGAGCUCAGUUACGAGCGAGCUGUGACCGAGUUCACUUCGUGUGCUGAAUUCCAUUUCAAUAACACUGGCCCAUUUACAAUUAGGCCUGUAAUUUUCACAAUUUUGAUAACUAUGAAAGAUGGUUUAAAACGAAGUUAAUUCCAAACAAUCCACCAAAUUCGGUAUUAGUAGUGGACAAUGCAGCUAACCAUAAUGUACAACUCAAUCCGGCUCCAAAUUCUUCAUCUCGAAAAAGUGCUAUGAUCGACUGGGUUUCAGAUCGUGGCAGUGACCGAACUGUAAGUAAGUCACGAUUCAAAACAUUCAAAAUCCGGUGUCAUUUCAUAUCACUGUUUUUUUUAAAAAAACGAAUGCAAUAGCAAUUAUAUAAUUCUUAGCAGUGAUAACGGUUUGGAGCAUCAUUUUGGUAAGAAUUUAUUACAUAAAUAGUGUUAAAUGUUACAGUUAUACAUGCUGCUUAAGUUCUUUCUGUACAAACGAUUUGAGGUGGGUGCAUACCUAUUGGAACAGCGUGUUGAACAGCCAGUUGACGGACUACCCAUGAGGAAAACAUUCUUUCGUGAGUUCUGUGACUUGUAACAGUGAUUUUUGUGAGACCACAGUUAUCAAGUAAGAGUUUAUUUGUUCGCGAGGCCUGGUGACUGGUGUGUAUAAUAUAAAGUUGCAUUAUAUUUUAAUGUAGUAGGCAUAGAGCAUUACAUUAAUAAAGAAAGUACCACAAUGAUAGCAGCAGAUGUUAGCAGGACAGACAGUAACAUUGCUACCACGUGUUUCUAAAGGAUAGGGAGGAGAGGGGAAUUGUUUUGACCGCCACGCAUCUUAGUUGGAAUACUAAAUUGUUCCCCUCCUUCAUUCUUCUUACGUCGUAAUGUUUUCCUGAACACUUGACUUAUAUAACUGGAGUUCUGACUUUAAAGUAAAAUACCAUAUUUCACAACCAUACAUAAU